CGCAGUUCGCUGGGAUCAGCGGCGGGCCGGCAGGCCGCCUUUAAUGUGCGCAUAUGACGCUUUUAUGGACAGCCGGCACACACUCAGAGCUCUAUGGCCAAACUAUCUGUGGCUCAAAUCAAUCUUAUCACAGGCACUAGGCACAAACGAAACAGAACAACGGCAACAACAACAACAUGCCAAACGUUUUCGAUUUCGGAUUUUCAAUCAAGUCAAAAACGAAAAAGACAAAACACGCACACAAAAAGGAGAAUGAAUGCCCACAAAGCCGUCACAAAGAGCCGCAGAGACGUGGAGCUUCGUGCCGCCAUAUCUACAUACAACAGCAACAACAACAACAACAACAGCAGCAGCAACAGCAAACUACAAAGGCACAUAAUCCGAAAAGCCGCUGGGACAGACGAAUUCGACAAAAGGCUAAACGGCUAAACGCUAACGGGGCAGGUCGUAUGAUUUCUCACAAAGUGUAUCCAUCAGAUACAUUGGCGUGUCCGCAUGUGGAGGGCCAUAGCUACAGAUACAGCUACAGGUACACCAACACCAACAACAACAACAACUGCAAGAUGCAAGCAGGAGAUCAACCCGUUCGUCUCGAACAAAUAUAGUCGUGCAUGUGUCCAAGCUGUUGGCAGCUAUUUAGAUGGAUUAACAUAAAUCGAAGUGCCUGAAAAUCAAUGUGAGAACAUAAGUUGGGAUUUAUUUCGACUGCGUAGGAGUUGUCGCUGCAUCAAGGGCUUGCACCCUGUACGGCUCUUCUCUUGACUUAUGAUAUGCUAUGUUUCUGUCU